AUGCCCACUGCUAACGCUACUACCACUAUCACCACGCACAUUGCCGUCACAUCCAACCCCGCUCUCGCUCCCUCCUCCCCUACUCUUUCUGCCACCGACGUCAACGACGCCAAAUUAUCCCAUCAACAGGAUUCCGCGAGCUCCAUCAUCCUCGCUGUUACAGAAUAUCCUGAGCUUUCCGUCCUCUCUGGUCCUACAUUCAAAGACGCCCGAGCCGCAGAGCACGAUAAACAGCUCUCGAAGAAGGCUAGCGAUCGAGCUAAGGGACAGGAGAAGGAAUGUGCGGCGUUGGGAGAAUCGAUCUGGAUGAGGGAGGAGGCGGAUUGGUUGACUUUGAAGGGUGCAGAGGGUGCAGAGGGAGAUUCUGACGUGUUCGACGUGCCGUCAAGGUCCUUGACGUACUUGAGCGGGCCACACUGGCAGGGGACAGAUGGGGCGGCGAAGACGAAGGUGAAGCCUCUUGAUCUCGUGAGGCCGACGAAGAGGCGCGGUGGUGUUCGUGGUAUGCCAUAA